AUGGUGUACUUCUAUGAAUCAAAACCAACUGAGUACUCAACACCUUACCAAAUUGUGACCGGUAAAGAUAAGUUUGAAAACGACCUACUUAUUAAAUGGAGCUAUAAAGAGUUAAAUUACGUUUGGUUCCACGCUGACAAGUACUCAAGUGGCCAUAUUUAUUUAAAGUUACACCCAAAUCAAAAAACCAUCGAUGAUGUACCGCAAGAAGUGCUAGAUGACUGUUUGCAGCUAUGUAAAUCAGAAUCUAUUCAGGGAAACAAAAUGCCACAAUGUACCAUCUUGAUAACACCAUGGCAUAACUUGAGGAAAAACAGGUAUAUGAAUCCCGGCGAAGUAUCAUUUAAAUCUCUGAGACAGUGUAGGAAAAUGGAAUGUGGAACAAGAGAUAACAAAAUACUGAACAGACUGGCCAAGACAAGGGUAGAAUUAUUUAAUAAUGUGGAAUCUACACUUAACGAAGCAAAGAAGACCAAAAAUGGUGAUUUUUUCGUAAACCAUAUUGAGUCUAAUAGGUCGAAUCUUAUCGAAGAAGAAAAGCUAAGGAAACUAGCGAAAAAGAAUCAAAAGAAGAAGAAAAAACAGUCUGGCGAUGAGUUCAUUGACGAUACACCGCUGGAAACGUGA